UUAAAGGUAUUUUUCUUGGAACCCACAUAAGAAAAGGUGAAGAGAACGGAACAAUAGACAAUGGCAGAACAUCUGAGAGCAGCGAGGAUGUCGCUUGUGAACGCUCUAAACAAGGCUACGAUCAGCGGACUGGUUGAUAAACUCCUGGAUCAAAAAGUGUUCAAUGAUAGCGAGAAAGAAAUAAUUGACUCGAUUUCGGUCACAAAAGAUAAAGCUCGGGAACUGAUUGACAUGGUUAUAAAGAAAGGAGAUAAUGCAUCAAGCAUUUUUAUAAAUGCACUUUCUGUUCAGGAUCCUGAACUAUGUAGAAAUGUGUUUUCUAACCUCAACUUUUAAAUUCCUAAGAUUUUUUUUUUUUGUGAUCAUCAUCUCUACAACUGAAUGCUGUCUUUGUAUUUUGUGGUAAAUAAAAGAGACAAAACCAUAAAAAGGUGGUCUGAAAAGUUA